AUGUUUCCCUCAGGCUAUGUGCCAUUUACAUUUUCUCAUACCUACACGGUAAUCUGCAGAGGAUUAAAGCUUCCAACUCGGUCAACAAGUGACAGAAUCACCUUCACAGACACACACAUACGCAAAACCCCCGAAGCUCAAAUCAACAUGUUCUCCGUCACCAAGACCGUCGCCGCCACCCUGGCCCUGGCCCUCUCCGUCGCCGCCAACUCGGGCGACAUCACCUACUUCAACCCCGGCCUCGGCGCCUGCGGCCAUAACAACGGCAACGGCGACUACAUUGUCGCCGUCGGCCACGGCCUCUACGACCGCGAGCACCCCUGCGGUCGCCGCAUCCGCGCCCACUACGGCGGCCGCUCCGUCGACGUGACUGUCGUCGACCGCUGCGGCGGCUGCGGCGAUGGCGACCUCGACCUGUCUCCCGCUGCCUUUACCGCCCUCGUCGGCAGCCUCGGACCCGGCCGCGUCCACGGCAACUGGGAGUGGAUCUAA